CUGCAUCACUUAAUCAGGGUUCACAAGGAAGGACAUCUAGCGCCAGCAGGAUGCCGCUUAAAUCGUCAUUGUACAGAAGUCCCUCCUCCAAUCGCUGGCUCACUAGGACCACAAAGAGGAAGGAAGUGCUGUCCAUCGACAUGAUCAGUGAACCCCUCGAUGAUUUCCGCCACAUCACUCACAUUGGGAGCAACGGCCAAAAUGACAGUUUUGGAGACCUAUCCUUCCUCAAGAUGAGUAACACUAUGCUCCGACAAAGCUCCAAGAGCGAGCAAAACCUCUUCGUGAUCUGCAAGCCGCCGCCGCCGAAGCCUCCUCGUCUGAAUCUGGAUGAAACGGCGGGCAUGCAGAGCCCCGAGUGGUCUGUGGACCAGAGGAAGAAGAAGCGCAACUCGUUGCCUCUUCUGAACAGCGAAGAAGAAGAUAAGUUUGAAAACGGGGAACGCGACGAAAGAAGAAAUAACUUUGCUUCUAAUCAGACUAUCAGGGCCGGACGUGGCAGCGUGGGUUCUGAUAGAGAAGGAGAGUUCACAGGUAGCUGUGACCAGAUUGAUGGAUUUAAUGACGAGGACAGUGGCUUUUCUUUCAAUCUUGACCUAGGCCCUUCGAUCCUGGAAGAUGUUCUCCGGGUGAUGGACAAUCUGCACAACUGAAGAACCUUGAAAAAACUUCAACGUGAGAGCUUAGUAGGACACUGGACGGUAGAGAAGAAACUGAACACAACAGCACUCAUGGGACAACUUUGAUUGUACAACCAUGACAAGAUGAGGCACGGAAUAACUUUGCUUCAAAUUCAAUUUGCAGGCCUGGACAAGGCCAGGACCGGCUCGCUGAGGAAUCAGCAGUCUAUAGAAAGCUGGGCCAAAUGACAAAGACGGUGGCUUUUCAUUCAGUCAGAAUUUGGACCUUUUAAUCCUGAACAAUGUUCUCCAGAAGAUGGACUAACAACAUAACGGAAUCAAUGUGAGAUCUUAAUCAGUUUCUAGGUGAUGGAUAAGAAUGUCAUUGCUUCUUUUGGAGACAUAAUUGUGAUUUUAGUCAGAGGGCCACUUGAUAAAGUGAAGCUUGUCUUCCAUAUUUUGCUGGUACACAAGAUAAUGUGGCUACUUGCUGUAGUGGCACAUAAAGAGAAUAUGUCACAAAUGGACACCUUGUUAUUCUAAAGAGGACAUGAAAAAUGGGUCAUGGAACAUCAUGGUAACCAGUGUUUGCCAGCAAUAUAAUGGUAAAGAUAAUAUAUGGACAUUGCUUGACGUCUGGGCAUUUCUUACUUCAUCUACAUUUCCUCUUUACUAUUAUAGACCCCAAACCGCACAACACUUGAAGCAGCUGUUAGGAUUUAAGGGUGUAGUGUUUAAAAAAAAAAUAAAAAGAAAGCUGAGGCUGAAAUCCAAGGUCCUUGAGCUGUGAUGUCUUGACUCUUGGCGUGCUUGCCUGUCUAUUGUGUGCACAGGGCAAUUUUUCCUCCGCACGCAUCCUGGAGGCCCCACUCGAAGGUAGAGCAAGGUACCCCCCAUUUCUCAUUCCCAGCAGUACAGUGAAAACAAACAUUUAGGUCUGCUUCCAAUAAAAGUCAGCCAGUGGUGGCAGGUUGGGCAGCACACCAAGCCAGGCCACAGGUCCAAGACCUUAUAAGAAGAAAAGAGAUGGCAAGAGCACGCUGUUUUGUUAGCUGCAAAUCAGAGUGCGAUGAUCUGGUGGGUGGCGCUCGAGAAAGAAAGUGGUGACGGGUAACACUAUAUGUCUACACAUGCAAUUGGAGCGGGAGGGGGACCAGAGACAGCCAUUACUUCAGCAGAGGUCCUGAUGAGGAUUUAAACACAACCUUCUGAGCAAAUACAUGCUGCAUCUCACGUAUAUGCAUUGCAUUUGUUCUCACAUCAACUAAAUCGGGAUUUGUGCAGACAAUUGUGGUCCACUUUCCUUGGUUUAUACUUUAGUGGGGGGUUGACAGGAUGAUCUUUGAGACUAGCUCUGAACCAGUUAAAUUCUUUUGCACCCUAAAAAGGUCACUCUGGGGAAACACUCAAACCACAAAUGUCCCGCUUCAAGCAAUAGAUUUAUAAAUAUAUGCAUGUCCAAAGAGAAACCGCGUUAUUUUUGGAUACAUCUGCAUUGUUUGUCUGUGUUAGUGCCUGCAGUCUUUCACUGGAUAUCUCUGUUUCUUGUACAUGUUAUGACAAACAUUAUUGUGAAAGCCUUUUAGAAUUGUAAAAUCUACCAUUCUGUACUUUGGCUGGGUGGGCAAAAAAAAAAAAAAAAAAAUCUACUCCAUUGAAAUUCCUCCAUUGGUGGUUUUGUGGAUAAACAUGUACUUGGCUUCUCAGCACAAGAAGCCAAAAUGGAUGGAAUGCGUUUCGUAUGUCAUUGAUGUCCAUCAUCUUUUUUUUUCUUCUUUGCACAAUAAUUAAAAAGGUGAAAAUGUUAGAAAUC